CUCGAUCCAUCCUGCUGCUUUUUCCCCGCUGUCGUGCUGUGCUGUGCGGUGCUGCUGUCCUUGUCGCACUCUGGGCCAGGCCUUGGCAAUCGCUCCCUCGCACAGCCCUGCGUCUUCACCUCCCCCCAUACCCAUACCCUCCGCCCCGUCGUCUUCGCUGUCGUCUUCCUCCCCCACGGCCGUUGAUUGCCGCCCCGCAGCAAAAACUAGUCAAGCGGUUUGGUUCCUGGCCGCCAGAUCCUCCAGCCACGUCUCCGUGCGCCUGUCUCUCCCGCCCGCCCAGGACAGGUAGCGUGACUGCACUGCGCUGCGCCUUGGUGGCCUGCAAACAUCACAAUCGACGUUUGCCAUGACCGAUCCCAAUCCCCGGACCCAAGUCUUCGACCAGCUCCAGCUCCAUGCUGACGCCACCACCCUUCUCCCCUCCCAACUCCCAUCCCAACCCCACGAGCCCUUUCCCAACUCCAUCCCACCGACGCCGGAUGAAGCAGCACAAGCGGGUCCCUGCUCCAACACCGUGGUUCCCGACACCAUUUCUUCAUUUCUCGACGCUUCCCUGCCGCAGCCCUUCCCCCUGCCUUCCGCCUUACCCCAGCCUCUCACCACGCCCAUCACUGAAGAUCGUCCAAAUGUCGAUCUGACCCUCAAUUUACCUCAAAGUAGUCUUUCGCUUCCUCCGCCAACAAUAAUCAAGGCAAAGCAUAGUUUACGCCUGCCCUCGUUCCAUGCCCUGGGUAUUGCCGCGCCCCACCCUGACCAUAUUCUGGCCCAACCUGAUCUGCCCUUCUCUCCACUAGGCGCGGGGCCACUAUCAAAGCCAGAAGACCCUCUCCAUGCACUCAGCCCGCUGGCUCCCAAUUGUAACAACCUCACUACGGCCGGCCGCCUCCACACCCCCGUCACCAGUCCGAAGGCAGUAACAGCACGCGUGGGCCCUCCUCUCUCCACCCACACGCCCCCUUCGGACUCGGAGCCAGGAACCAUCAACUGGGGUUCCUUUAUGAACCCUCGUACUGCUACACUAGGCUCGCCUCCCCACUCGGAUCCAGGUAUCUCGCCCAGUGUAAACACUACCGCUCGUGAAUUAGCUCCUCCCCAAGCACAAAUCAUCGUGCCAACUCACGCGCCACUCCCCGAAGCACAGAGAAUGGCUACAUGGAUCGAAAUGGCUAAGAGCACAAUUAUACACGAAUCUGGAUGUCUAGGCCUAGACUCUGUCAGAAUCCUUUCUCAUGCCCUCCCUUGUCCUUCUACAGCGGGCCAUGUGUUUGGCGACGUCAUUGCUUCGAUUCACGACGCUUCUUCGACACACACUUCAUGGAUCAAUGUAUUCCAUGCUCUCCCUGGACGCUACACCCUCCUCGACUUGCCCAAGUCGCCCCCUUCAACACCAGGUCCCGCAGUCGGAGGCGACUCGUAUUUUACCAGCAAGGUUUUCGACAGUGCAGUCGCCAUACCCGACUACCAGCUCGACUCGAAACUUUUGCCGCUAUCCCCUAGACCUGUAGUUCCCCCAGGCAGUAUCAACAUAUCAAUCGUCGAGAGAUACAUUCCGCCCACGAAUACAAACGAAUUUGCUGAAAUGUUUACAUUCCACGGUCGGUCCUUGCUGUACGACCGCUUGAUCGAACUCUCCAGUGACAAUGGCAUUUUGCUCUUCAUCUACCCAACAAAAACAGGCGCAAAGACGUUUAUGAGGCAGUACCUCGGACCCAUCCUCGAUCCGCUAUUGCGUUCUGUGACGGUAGUGCACGAGCUUCACUCGGAGCUAGGAAGAGAUAUAGGUCAAAUGGGCUCGGUCAACUACCUUGAUGUUUAUGAGCAUCUAGAAGUCCAAGUGCGAAGAUUUUGUCACGCAAUGAGUGAGCGACACCUAAGGGCUGACAAAAAGGCGGCGUACCAAGUUAUACAUGCCGCAAAAGAAGAUAUUCUACUGGAAAGAUCAGCAUGGGCAGACGAUUGGUGGAUUAAACAGGAAAAGCCUCGUGUGCGAGACGUUGUCAUGAAGUACUUCAACAAAUCCAAGAAGCUUCCCAUGGGCGAAAUGAGCGCUGCCUCGCUCAUCCAGCAUGUCCUCGAUGGCGUAUCAAAACGAGAGUAUCAAGAUGGAGCGCCUACCAAGGGUGUCGAAGUGGGCGUCUUCAUAAUUAAGAAAACCAAAGUCACAACAACAGCAGACCAAUAACAUCAUGGGCAUAAGCCUACCGAAGGUGCAAAGGGGGUCAACUCGAAGCACAGCAGUUGGGGAAUUUGAACCCACAAAUCUCCGAAUUUCCUUGUUUGAUGACCUUGCGAGUACCCCAUUCUCCGCAUAGCAUUGCGCGGCGUUAGCAGCAUUUGAGACCUGUCUGGAACAGUACAAAAAGGAAGAUAUAAUUGUAAUACCCAGUGAUGAUUUAGACUAUCAAGAUAUAGCAACGAUUUCGGACGUCAU